CCCUCUCCCUCUCCCUCUCCCUCUCCCUCUCCCUCUCGCAUGCAAGACACUCCUCUCUCCGAUAUUUGUAAUCGGAGUUGGGGUUUCUAAAGUUUCUCACCGGGAUUCGAUGGCCAACUGGCCUCUGAAUUGAAUCCCUCUCGUUUUUGGCAUUUCGAUUUUUUCUUCAAGUUGAGUUGAUUGAGAACUACACAAGAGGUAGAUUGUCGAUUGAAUUUUGCGAUUUUAAGUUUUCGGUCGCUGUUUUUUUGCGUAUAUACGUAGAUAUAUACAUAUACUGUCAGGGUUUCGGCUGUGUAAUUGUGGAGAAGUCAAGAAGCAGAGAGUGUUUUCUUUUUUGUAGUUGAUCGAUUUUAGGGUUUCGAGUUUGAUCUGUUUCGUUCUAAUAAUUUUCAGUCAUGGCCUCGUAUAGGCCGUUCCCUCCACAAUCCUCGUUUGCUCCGCCACCUACCAAAAACCCUCUUCCUCCCCCGCAGCAGCAGCAACAACAGAGGCCAACUCAGUACAAUCAAAACUACCCCCGAAUAGCCCCUCCACAACCAGCACAAGCUCCUUCUUUUCCUCAAAGUUACUCUCAAGUGCCUUCCAAUUACCAUUACCCUCCCUCGAGACCCCAACACCAACAGCCUCCCCCUCCUCCUCAAUAUGCCUAUACUGCUCCACCUCCACCGCCUCCACCGGAUUCCUCAUACCCACCUCCUCCUCCACCACCUCCAGCACAACCACCGCAGAAUUCAAAGCAACCACAGCAACAGCCUCCUAUGUACUACUCACAGUAUGGCAAUCAGCCAGCACAGGCUUUGCAACCUCCCCCGCCCCCUUCAUCCCCGCCCCCAAGCUCUUCAAUCCCACCACCACCUCCACCUAGUUCUCCACCUCCUCCUCCUCCUAAAGAGAGUGUCCUAGAUAGGGGAUCAAAUUUCCGCGAUAAAGGACGUGAGCAUGGGAUGGGCUCAAAACAACAGCAGAAGCCGGGAGUUCCUGUUCCUCCAACCGCAAAGAAGUCAAAUGGACUUGCAGGACGGAUGGAGACAGAGGAGGAAAGGAGAUUGAGGAAGAAGAGGGAGUACGAGAAGCAAAGGCAAGAGGAAAGGAGUAGGCAGCAGUUUAAAGAGUCUCAGAACACUAUUCUACAGAAGACCCAGACGAUGUCCCUUGGCAAGGGACCUGGAUCAGCUGUGGGGUCAAGAAUGGGGGACAGGAGGGUAACUUCUUUCUUAAGUGGCGAGAGGAUCGAGAAUAGAUUGAAAAAGCCAACGACAUUUUUGUGCAAGUUGAAAUUUCGAAAUGAACUUCCUGAUCCAAUGGCGCAGCCAAAGCUUAUGUCUCUGAAGAAGGAUAAAGAUCGGUUUACAAAAUACACAAUCACAUCUUUGGAGAAAAAUUAUAAGCCCAAACUUUUUGUUGAGCAAGACCUUGGGAUACCUCUUGAUUUGCUUGAUCUUAGAGUAUACAAUCGUCCUAGCGUUAGACCUCCUCUUGCCGCAGAGGAUGAGGAAUUGUUGUGCGACGAUGAAUCAGUUACGCCUGUGAAAAAAGAAGGCAUAAGAAAAAAGGAACGACCUACUGAUGAAGGUGUUUCGUGGCUUGUUAAAACACAGUAUAUAUCAUCUUUCAGCGCAGAAUCAACAAAACAGUCUUUAACUGAAAAACAAGCAAGGGAAUUGCGAGAAAUGAAGGGAGGUCGGAGCGUUUUGGAGAACCGUAACAAAAGGGAAAAACAAAUCAAGGAAAUUGAGGCAUCAUUUGAGGCAGCAAAGUUACUCCCUGUUCAUGCAGAUAAUAAAAAUUUAAAACCUGUUGAGGUUCUGCCUCUGUUGCCUGAUUUUGAGCGGUAUGAUGAUCAUUUUAUAGUUGCUGGGUUUGAUAGCGCUCCUACUGCUGAUUCGGAAAUGUACAGAAAGUUGGACCAAUCUGUUCGUGAUGCCCAUGAAUCAAGGGCAAUUAUGAAAACUUAUGCUGUAACAGGCUCUGAUCCAGCCAACCCAGGGAAAUUUCUGGCUUACAUGGUUCCUUCUCCGAAUGAGCUAGGGAAGGAUAUGUAUGAUGAAAGUGAAGACAUCCAAUAUAAUUGGAUUCGGGAGUAUCAUUGCAAUAUACAACAUGAAACAGAGGAACCGACAUCAUAUUUAGUUUCAAUGGAUGAUGGUGAAGCUCGCUAUGUGCCUCUCCCCACAAAGUUCAAUCUGAGAAAGAAGAAAGCCAGUGAGGGAAGAUCCAAAGAUGAGGUUGAACAUUUUCUUGUUCCUUCACAAGUAACUGUGAGGCGGAGAGCAAUUGCUGCUGUAAUCGAAGACAAGGAUUCUGGGGUAUACUCAAAUUCAAAGGGAAGUACAUCUCGUUCAAAGUUAAGAAAGGUAAUGGAGGGUGGCCAUGGAAGAAUUCAAAAGGUUAUGGAAAGUGAAGAUGUUGAUCAGUACAGUGGAGCAGAAGAUGACCUUUCGGAGUGAUUCUCAUUGAAGCACAUUU